CGGCAGCCUCUCGGCCAGCGCCGCUCGCGCUCCUUCGGCCAUUUUCGCGUCUCCUGACGAAGGGGCCCGACCGCGCCGCGUUUCGGGAGCGGACGUCCGAGCCACGGCCGUAGUCCGUCCGGCACCGCUCGGGCACUUUCGGAAGGGAGGAGGCGGAGAACCGAGGUUCGGGAGCAUUCGGGCUCGGGAACAUUCGGCUCGUCUCGGCUCGGCCUCGGGCUGACUCGGCUCCCGCCGGCAGCGGGAACGGGCGAAACCCGCGGCACUAAGCUCUGUCUCUGAGAGGCAGAAUUUCGCCAGGCGCCGGCGAAAAUCUGCCUAGAGCCGUCCAGCCCUGUCGGCCGGGGACAACAGCCGUCUCAGCCUGUUAGGCAGUGAGGAGAACCGGGGCUCAGUCUCUCGGAAGCCCUCGUGCGGACUCGGACCUAUUCGGACUGACUCGGCUUCCCACUUCGGGGAGCUUCGACCCUCCUCGGUUCAGGACUCGGUCUCGGCUCGGCGGCUUCGUGCAGGUUCGGCUCUUAUUCGGGCAGCCUCGGUUCGCCUCGGUUCGCCUCGGUUCCGCUCCACGGGCAGACUCGGCUCGGCUCUGCUCGGCGGCUGGCUGCCUUUUCGGUCCCUGUUCGGGCGGCGGCUUCGGGCGGCCUCGGCCCAGCUCGGGCGUCCUCUUCGGGCCCCGCUUCGGGCUCCGCGACCGGCGCUUCGGGCGGCCCCGGACGGCGCCUUCGGGAAGGCUCGGCGGAGUCCGGAUGGAGGACUCGGACUCGGCGGCAAAGCAGCUGGGCCUGGCUGAGGCGGCGGCGGUGGCGGCCGCGGCCGCUGUGGCGGCGGCGGCCGCGGCCGCGGCGGGAGGCGAGGCGGAGGAGCCGGUGCUGAGCAGGGACGAGGACUCGGAGGAGGACGCAGACUCGGAGGCGGAGCGGGAGACUCCGCGGGUCACGGCAGUGGCGGUGAUGGCGGCGGAGCCCGGGCACAUGGACAUGGGUGCCGAGGCCCUGCCCGGCCCCGACGAGACCGCCGCUGCCGCAGCCUUCGCAGAGGUGACCACGGUGACAGUGGCCAACGUGGGGGCUGCUGCAGACAAUGUCUUCACCACGUCUGUGGCCAACGCGGCGUCCAUCUCAGGACACGUUCUGUCUGGUAGGACGGCCCUUCAGAUCGGGGACAGCCUGAACACCGAAAAAGCCACACUGAUUGUCGUCCACACAGAUGGGAGCAUCGUGGAGACCACCGGGCUGAAGGGCCCGGCAGCUCCCCUCACCCCAGGUCCUCAGUCUCCUCCAACCCCUCUGGCUCCCGGCCAAGAAAAAGGUGGAACUAAAUACAACUGGGACCCCUCUGUGUACGACAGUGAGCUGCCCGUGCGGUGCCGGAACAUCAGCGGCACUCUGUACAAGAACAGGCUUGGCUCAGGCGGCCGGGGACGGUGCAUCAAGCAGGGGGAGAACUGGUACAGUCCCACCGAGUUUGAGGCCAUGGCAGGAAGAGCCAGCAGUAAGGACUGGAAAAGAAGCAUUCGCUACGCAGGCCGACCCCUGCAGUGCCUCAUCCAGGACGGGAUCUUAAACCCUCACGCUGCCUCUUGCACCUGUGCUGCCUGCUGCGACGACAUGACCUUAAGUGGCCCAGUCAGGCUUUUUGUGCCUUACAAAAGGCGCAAGAAGGAGAAUGAACUGCCCACAACUCCCGUGAAGAAGGACUCCCCCAAGAACAUCACGUUGCUUCCAGCCACCGCGGCCACCACCUUCACCGUGACCCCUUCAGGACAGAUCACGACCUCGGGGGCACUGACCUUUGACCGGGCAUCCACAGUAGAGGCCACUGCUGUCAUAUCCGAGAGUCCAGCCCAGGGUGACGUCUUCGCAGGAGCCACAGUCCAAGAGGCCAGCGUGCAGCCCCCAUGCAGGGCCAGCCACCCUGAGCCUCACUACCCCGGCUAUCAGGACAGCUGCCAGAUCGCCCCGUUUCCAGAAGCUGCGUUGCCAACGUCACAUCCCAAAAUAGUGUUGACAUCCCUGCCUGCGCUUGCCGUCCCACCCCCGACUCCCACCAAAGCGGCACCUCCCGCGUUGGUCAAUGGGCUGGAGCUGUCAGAGCCGCGGAGCUGGCUGUACCUGGAGGAGAUGGUCAACUCCUUGCUCACCACCGCACAGCAGCUGAAGACGCUGUUUGAGCAAGCCAAACAUGCCAGCACCUACCGAGAAGCUGCCGCAAACCAGGCCAAGAUCCACGCUGACGCAGAGCGGAAGGAGCAGUCCUGCGUUAACUGCGGCCGGGAGGCUAUGAAUGAGUGUACGGGCUGCCACAAGGUCAACUACUGCUCCACCUUCUGCCAGCGCAAGGACUGGAAGGAUCACCAGCACAUAUGCGGCCAGUCAGCAGCUGUCACGGUCCAGGCCGACGAAGUCCACGUGGCUGAAAGCGUGAUGGAGAAGGUGACCGUGUGAGGCUCCAUCGGCCGCCCUGGGAGCUGGGGCCCCUCGCACUCCUGUGAGGCUUUUGCAGGUCGAAGGCCCCCCUGAGGACUCUGGGGGGACGUUGAGAAGAGGGGUGUGGGAAGGUAAAGAAACUUGCUGGACAAGUUAUUAACACACUUUAAGCGAAUGGUGCCCUGGGGAGCGGACUCCCCCCGCCCGGGCCCCCCGCCCGCUCGCGGAGAGAUUUUUUAUCCCUGGGAUCAUGAGCGUCCGGUCUUGCCCACAGGGCCUGUGCUGCGACGCAUGUACAUACGUGUUGUGUCUGUCAAUAAAGUGUAAAUAAGGUCU